UUCCGCUAAAACUAAAAUCCAGACGAAUCCCACCAUUUCUCAUCUAUCUCAAAAUCCUCAAUUCCCCCGAGAAAGAAAGAACCUCAUUUCCUCAACUCAAAACUCUACUCAAUUCUCUCUCAUCACUCAUCAAUCUCACAAGCCCCAACCAACCAACUGUACAAUUUAUUCAUGGAUUCCCCGAACUGAAAUCACACACUUCCUUUUUUUUUAAAAAAAAGUUCAUCUCACUCACCGAAUUAAUUUUUUUCAAUCUUCUUUUUGUUAAUUCCAUGGCGGAAAACGGCGAGGACAAGUUAAUAGCUGUGGCCCGCCACAUAGCUAAGACGCUAGGUGGGCACACGGAUAACAUGACCGACGACGACAUCCUCAAAAUCUUCUCCAACUUCGACUGCAGGUUACGGGAGAAGUUGACUGAUAGUCUCCCCGGCGAAGGAGACGACGAUAUUCCACGCGCCGCCCCCGGCGGUGGUGUGGGUUCGGCUAAGUUUGAGCAGACGGUGAAGUCACUCGGCCGCCAGAUCUCUGUUUAUGUGUCGGCUGACCAUCCUAUCUGGUCUGACUCUGCGGAUGCUAAUUCCUUUCUGGAUGUUGUCGACGAAUUGACCGCUGCCAUUUCCUUAUGGACCCCUUUUGCCCACGAUAAGCAGGUUGCUUCCUGCCUCGAUCGCGCCGAGGAGUUUAUGCAGAAAGCUAUGUUUAGGCUUGAGGAGGAGUUCAAGGCCCUGAUGGAUCAGGGUACGGAGUCUUUUGACUUGACCCGGUUGCGCGGCGGUGAAGCGGCGAACCCUAGUUACUCGUCGGAAUCUGACGUCGAUGAAUUCCCCGACGAAGGCAGUGAAAUCCCAGUUGCUCACCCGAUCUCCGACUAUGAUAUUAUCAUUGACGCGCUCCCGGCGGGGAUAAUCGACGAUUUACACGAGAUCGCCAAGAGGAUGGUGGAGGCGGGGUAUGGGAAAGAGUGUUCCCACGCUUACAGCAUGUGCCGGAGGGAAUUUCUCGAGGAGAGCUUCUCCCGGUUGCAAUUGCAGAAGUUUAGUAUCGAUGAAAUUCAUAAAAUGCAGUGGACGGAGAUUGAAGAUGAGAUUGAUAAGUGGGUUAAAGGUAUCAAUGUAGCGUUAAGGAUACUCUUCCCCAGUGAACGUCGCCUUUGUGACCGGGUGUUUUUCGGCUUUUCCUCUGCUGCUGACCUCUCGUUUAUGGAGGUUGUCAGAGGAUCGACUAUACAGUUACUGAAUUUCGCUGACGCGGUUGCCAUUGGUAGCCGUGCCCCGGAGAGAUUGUUUAAGGUACUUGAUGUUUACGAAACUAUUAGGGAUUUAAUGCCUGAAUUUGAGUUGAUAUUUUCUGAUCAACACUGUGUACUUUUGAGAAAUGAGGCUGUAACUAUAUGGAAAAGGCUUGGGGAAGCCAUUAGAGGGAUAUUUAUGGAGCUGGAGAAUUUGAUCCGUCGUGAUCCUGCAAAGGCUGCAGUACCUGGUGGAGGAUUACACCCCAUCACGCGGUACGUGAUGAAUUAUCUCCGUGCUGCUUGUCGGUCUAGGAUAACAUUGGAACAGGUUUUUGAGGAUACUGUUGCUCCUCCGGGUAGCAGGAAUGGGGAUUAUAUGAAAGGUGAUGAGAGAGGGUUGUCAUCAUCUUCGCCCUUAGCGGUUCAGAUGGCUUGGAGUAUGGAGUUGUUGGAGACUAAUUUGGAGGCAAAGUCUAAGGUUUAUAGGGAUUCUGCUUUGUCCUCUGUGUUCAUGAUGAACAAUGGGAGGUACAUUGUUCAGAAGGUGAGGGAUAAUGAAUUGGGAUCACUGUUAGGGGAUGAUUGGAUUCGGAAACAUACUGCUAAAGUCAGGCAGUAUCAUGUGAAUUAUCAGAGGAGUUCGUGGAGCAAAGUUUUGGGGGUUUUGAGAAUUGAUAACAGUGCAUUGUCUCCCAAUGGAACACCAAAGAGUAUGAAAGAGAAGCUCAAGUUGUUCAAUACGUACUUUGAAGAAACCUGUAGAACUCAAUCUAAUUGGGUGGUAUUUGACGAGCAGUUGAGGGAUGAAUUGCGGAUAUCAGUUGCUGGGAAUUUAUCACCAGCUUAUCGCAACUUCAUUGGAAGGUUUCAGUCUAGUCCAGAGUCCGGGAAGCAUGCAGAUAAAUACAUCAAGUAUAGUGUUGAAGACCUUGAGGCACGAAUAAAUCAGCUGUUUUGUGGAAGUGGUGGAUCUAGUGCGGGCAGAAAAUGAGAGCAGCAAAUGCAUGUAAGCAAGUAUACCAGUAAGUAGUUCUGUUGUAACAUGUAUGUAAGCAAAGCAUUAUUGAUGACAAUUUGUUGUCUGUGUAUGCAUCUUAGUCGCUUAUUGCCUUUUUUUUCUCUGUUGUGGAACUGGUUCAGUACUGGUAAUACAUAGGCUUGUAAGUUAUGAGGGAUAUCUUCAAGCUUAAGAGUAUCCGAGUAGAUUGGAUGCUUUUGUUUGUGUACAGAAAACCAGUGAGGGGAAACAAACGCCCCAACAAUUAGUUUUGUAUAACAACUAUUUAGGUCUGUAUUCUAGAUGAUUUUAAGUAGGUUUUCUGGUGUAACUGGAGAAUUUUCUCUGUUUUUCUGGAAAAUGUGGAUUGUAGAUUUUGAGUUAAUUAAUUUUGAUAUCUUCAGAUGGAUUUGCUUGUGCAAAUGUACUUGUAUUUGAUAUCUUGAUUACAUUUUACUCAUCAACUGGAAACAUUAUCCAUGCUGCAGUUGUUUAGCAGUUUCGGCCCCUCGCCGUUUUGUGUUUUGUGUCUGCAUCAUACAUAAUAACUUUACUAGCAUUACAUUGUUAACAUUCAGCAUCAGAGAUUAUGUUUCUCAACAUUCGAACAAAUGAUAAUUAAUGUAAUUAGUUGGUGGCACUCAUCUUUCUGGAGGAAGGGUAUGUUUGAUCCCAUGAUAUGGUUAUCUUCUGUGCAUAUGAUAUGGCUAUUUGUGAAGUCCAAGGUAAAUAGUAAUCCCUCCAUCCUGAGUAAAAGAAUGGGUGGAUAGUUUGAUUUUAAGACGGCCAUUAAUCAUUCUUAACUAGUCAUUCAAUAAAAGAUGUAAAUUCUGUAACCAUCUGCAUACUCC